AGGGUCGGAAACGGCGGCGAAGAAUUCCAACACACAAGAGGCGUGAACUAAAGCGUGAAAACUAGACACUUCAACGGAAAACUACUUCUCGACGUUACCAGUGAGGUCAGAUGGCCAUACAAAGGCUAAUUCGUCUGCGCAUAUUGUAACUUCCCACUGGUCUACCACUCACGUGGCGGUUACAACUAGAGUAGUCUCUCUGACAUACUGUAAAUCGUAGCUUUCUCACUCAUAGGCUGAAAUAUCUUGCAAUAUUUCAGCAAGUACUCUGGCUUCCUGUUUCUCUGCAUCUCCUUCCGGCUUCGAGAAAAACUACUGUUGUGUCCUAAUCACCUUGCUUUCGAUUAGCAUCUGACUGUGUUACUUCAUUGUACCGCUUCGAGUCGUAAUUUCGGAUUGCAACAACGGUAUCACGGUACUAGAAAACGCAAGAGGACUUAUUUAGUGCGGCGGUCUCUCUGGACGUUCACCCGCCAGUUAGCGCGGAGUGACAUUGGCGGACAGUGGCGAAUACGCGGUCACAUGACUGUCCAAAUAUACAGUCAUAUGAGGAGAGUUUUAACUGAGAUUAUUCACUCCAGAUUAUUCUUCAUUAACCACAACACGCUAAUACUGAGAAUGUAUCUUUCCAUCGUCAGCAUCACCCUGUCAUCCUUCCAUCAGUUCCAUGCCGCACCAAAAUCCGGGCACAGCUAGUCAACGGGCUUUUCGUCCCGUUGCUUUUCCGCCCACCCACAUUGAACCUCUACGUCGCUCACCACAGCUGAUGAAGCGACGUGAGUGUCAUGGUGAUUGUCUAAGCUGCGCUUCCUGUACGCAGAAAUGUAACCCAUUUAUUUGCGACAAAACAUUGCAAAACGGAGUAACGGGCGCUUGAUUUCUCAUCGAAAACACUAGGGGAGGGUUGGCGGCGUUUGCGACUGUCGGCGAUCGUAUUCUGUCAGUAUUACGAUCCGGAGUCGCCAUGGAGGGACAGAUACUUCGAGCUGUGUGUCUGACCUUGCUUGUGGGCGCCCUUCUAUCUUGUUCCGCGUCUGAGGCAAAUGAACGAUCCGAUGAGGUUGACUUCACCGCCACCAUACCGGAAACGGGACUCGCAAGAGACGUGGAGCAAGUCUUUUUUUUAGGACCAUCCACCACUCUUCGGGUCAUUGACGAAACUGCCCAGGCCGUCUACCUCCCCAGGGCCAACGAGAAUACUGACAUAAACGCGUCAGAAAUGUAUACGGUAGCAUAUCGCUACAAGAAUGGAGCAUGCGACUUCACGCAAAAAUUCCAGUUUAACGAUGCUUUUCCCGGCUACUCGACACCGUUGUGGGUUCGUGAGGAGCAGAGUUCGGCAGUGAUUCAGAAGGGAUCGACAGCAAAACGUGUGAUGUACACAUUUACGAAUCCUCCAGCAGAGUUUUUGAGUGGUGGGUUGAGUUUUUGCGUGCGCUUCAAAACGGUGUUGGCAUCUGAGUCGAGUUCGCAAACCAGCACGCCAAGUCCAACGUCAUCUGGCUCACCUAGUUCGGGAGAUUCAGGUAGUUCUCCGGGUCCAGUUGGACCGCGUCCCGAAGAUGGUGAAGAGGAAGAUGAUAAGAAAAACCCAGGUGUUGGUGCUCCAAGUGAACCAGAGCCAAGCAAACCACAUGGGGAUGGUGAAGGUGGACCUAGCGGUGGACCGGGUUCUGUAGGAGGCAGUGAUAAUCAGAGUCAUCUGCCGGGACAGCCUCCUAGUCACGCGGAUCCUAACCUACCAACAGAGAACGUUUCUGGAGGAGGCAUCAGCGAUUCGCCCGCCCCCACGCGUGACCGUCACGAAUCGCACUCACCUGAGGGUCCAAAGGAUGAAGGUGCUCAUGGUGGGGCUGGCAUCGACGAAAGUCAGCCAGACUCCCACGACAAGGGCUUGGAUGGUGAUCAAACGCACCAAAACUUAGGAAAUCUCAACUCUCAAACGUCGGCUGAUGUGCAGCAGCAUCCAGAAAGUGUGGAAAAGCCACAAGGUUCAGUCCCUGUGUUAGACGCAGAUUAUAAAUCGAAUGCGCAAACAGAGCCUCCUAUCUCAGGAUCCGAAGAAAACUUAACAGACGGUGUCCAACAUAAGGUGCCAACGCCGGGCACAAAAUCGAAACACACUGCUGACGACACGCGAGUGGAGGGCUCUGGUCUCACCACGGAAGAGCCAACGGGUGAGGAGCCAGGAAGGAGUCUCGGUGCAGCAAAUCAGGAGACCGAGAACGGAUUUCUGUCGCGGCAUCCUGUCAUCUCUCCUUCAGCUGAGGAUUCAAGUUCCAGUGUGACAGGGCCCACUCUCAUGCAGGAACAGGGAGACAAGGAAGAGGUAGAAGGAGGCACAAAGCAAGAGGCACAUCAUCAGGGAUCCGAAGAGCACCCACCUGCGAGCAGUGCCGAACAUUCUCCGCCUUCGAAGCCUCCAAAAGAAACGAAUGAGGCAAACGGGGACGUAGCACAUGCUCCAGUCGCUUUAGCAGAAAAGCACGAACAUUCCGACAGAGCACAAGUGCAUGUGCCAGCAAAUGCCGUAACCUCGAAUCAAUCUAUUGAAGACUCGCCAGCUGAGAAUACAGAAGCCAUAAAAGGGGGAAGCACGCACAAUGAAGCUGGGGAAGAGCUCGCUGUUGUUCUAGGGGAGAAGAGUGGUGCUGCUGUGCGGCGCCUCGCAGACGCCGCAGAUGUGGAGGAGGCGUACUUGACGAUUAUAGUGCACUCUUCAGCUUGGGGUUUCACUAGUGGAAUCACUACAUUGUCAGUUUUGGUUCUUGCGGUGACAGCCACAUGGUUGUCCGUUUUUUAGUUUUGUUUACCGGUACUAGCGCUGACGCCAGCUCGCAUAACGGGACCAGAGAUUUAGGCACGGCAUUCAUGGCUUUGUCACAGGUCCGAAUACGGGUGCAGAGACCAAUCCACU